AUGACACCCGACUCAGAAUUUCGUGCGAUACGUGCAGAGCAGGAUUUCUUCAAAGUCUGUCGGACUCCUUCUCUCGCAUGUGAAGUUACCCUACAGCCAAUACGGCGAUACACAGGCCUGAUAGAUGCAUCCAUAAUUUUUUCGGACAUCCUUGUUGUCCCACAGGCCAUGGGUUUAGUCGUUGAGAUGGUCCCCGGCAAGGGACCGACCUUUCCUGAGCCUCUCAAGACUCCAGAGGAUUUUUCACGGCUCAAUGACCACGUGGAUGUUGACAAGGAGCUUGGUUAUGUGUGCGAUGCGAUCACAUUGACCAGAAAGGAGCUCAAAGGCGAGGUCCCUCUGAUUGGCUUUUGCGGUGCACCAUGGACAUUAUUCGCGUACAUGAUCGAAGGUGGAGGGAGCAAGUUCUUCACCGCAUCAAAAACUUGGCUCUUCAAGUACCCCGAGGAGUCAAAGGCGCUUUUGGAGCGCACCGCUCACGUCUGCGCAGAUUUCCUGGUUGCACAAGUCAAAGCCGGAGCACAGCUCCUCCAAGUGUUUGAUUCUUGGGCAGGAGAGCUGUCGCCAUCCGACUAUCGCAUCUUCUCUUUACCCUACUGCCAACUGAUCGCACGUAAAGUGCGCUCAGCAUUAGACGAACUUGGGAUUCCUCAGGUUCCAUUGAUACUCUUUCCCAAAGGUGCAAACUGGGGCCAUAAAGAGUUUGCGGAGACUGCCGGCUACGACGUGCUAGGCUUGGAUUGGGUGAAUGAACCAGCUGCCGUACGUCAAGUUGUCGGAAACAAGGUCGCACUUCAAGGGAAUAUGGACCCAAAUGUCCUCUAUGGCGGGAGAGACGCUAUCGAGCGAGCAGUGGAGAAAAUGGCCAAAGAGUUCAAGACUGAUGGAAAACCUGUUGGAUGGAUCGCCAACCUUGGUCACGGAAUUACCCCAGGCGUUGACCCCGAUGAUCUCAAAUGGUUCUUCGAAUGUGUACAUAAGUACUCUGCGAAAUCGAAUUGA